AUGGGGAAGACCACAGCCGAAGGAGGGGAUGGUGGAAAUAGCAGUCACAUACGGACGUUCCUACGGAUCCGACCCUCGAAGCGACCGUCGGGCUAUAUCAAGGUCGAUGAGUUCGACAAGACCAGGCUAGGCUUCCACGUGCCCGUAGAGACUAAGGACGGGGAGUAUGUCAACAACACCCGCACGUCACACAAGUUCAAGUUCGAUGGGGUCCUAGGCGAGAAGGCAACUCAGGAGGACGUGUUCGCCAAGAUCGGAAAGGGGGCCGUAUCCAAUGUCCUCAAUGGAUACAAUUCAACAGUGUUUGCCUACGGACAGACCGGGUCGGGAAAGACGUUCACCGUCACUGGCGGAGCUGAGAGAUACGUGGACCGCGGGAUUAUCCCUCGCGCUCUAAGCCUCAUAUUCGCAGAGUUCAAGGAGCGCAGCGACCAGCAGUUUACCUGCCACAUUUCUUACCUUGAGAUAUACAACGAACAGGGCUUCGACCUGCUGGACCCGAGCCAUGACUCGAAGAAACUGGAAGACCUAGCCAAGGUGGCACUCAUGGAAGACGAGGACGGCAACAUACAUCUGAGAAACCUGUCGGUGUACCUUGCGGCGAACGAGGAGGAAGCCUUGAACUAUCUUUUUUUGGGAGACACUAAUCGCGCCAUCUCGGAGACGGCCAUGAACAAGGCUUCCUCUCGGUCUCACUGCAUCUUUACGAUCUCGGUGGAGGGUCGCAAGCAUGGUUCUGACAAGGUCAUGCGCUCGAAGCUGCACCUGGUUGACCUGGCCGGAUCCGAGCGAGUGCACAAGACGCAGACGGGGGGGCAGACGCUCGUGGAGGCCAAGCACAUCAACGUGUCCCUCUUUUUCUUGGAGAUGGUGAUCGUGGCCCUGCGCGAGAGGGGCGCUAAGGGCAGGCAACACAUUCCGUACCGCAAUUCGAUGAUGACCUCGGUGCUACGAGACAGCCUCGGGGGGAACUGCAAGACGGUCAUGAUCGCCACUGUGAACGCAGAGGCGGCGCAAACGGAAGAGUCCAUAUCGACGUGUCGGUUCGCCCAACGAGUGUCGACGAUCAAAAACGACGCCAGAGUCAACGAGGACGUCGAUCCCGGGGUUCUUAUACGGAGGCUCAGGUCCGAUAACGCUACCCUCAGCGACGAGGUGGCGUUCUUGAAGGGGGAAACCGGCGAUGGCGAAGAGCUCACGUCUGAGGAGGCCGAAGAUCUCAAGGACAGGUGCCGCGCGUUUGUCGAAGAUCCCGCGCCGAGCGCACAGCUCAGCAUCGGGGCAUACACCCUCACCAAGCUCAAGCGCUGCUUCUCAGUGUUCAAGGCGAUGGUGCUCGACGGUGGGCGGGCGUUAAGCACCGGGGGCGCGCACUCGCAAGGGCAUGAUAUGGUUGGCGAGGGUGGGCCCGCCGGAGCGAUGACGAAGCUAGGGGAAGGGUCUACGGGCGAGCUUGGCGGACAGCUGCUCUCGCUCCGAGACGCCCUGCGGCAGAGGGACAACGAAAUCGCAAUCCUCGUCAACAUGCUCAAGCAGGGGAAAUGCCAUGCAUGCGCGGCAGCCCCCUCCUCAGCGACACCAGGAGCAACGACAGGAGGGGGGUUGCCGCCAAACCGGCAGCACGACCCUGGUGGGGAGAACGCAUCGCCUCAGCACCACAAUCGGCGGAGCCCCCUGCCGGGAGCCGCAGCUGUAGGCGCCGCCACCGGCGCCAGUGGGGGGAAGUUGUUGGCCAACGGCGAGGGGGCAGGGCGGGUGGUAGUCGCGCCGAAGGGGACGGUGGGGGGGCGAGACGCUGGUGGACGGCAUAGGGGUGGUAGCGUCAGUGGAGUGGAGCGCCCAAGCGACGCCAGCGUGCUUGGAGACCCUCAGAGGGCGUUCGGGUACUUCAGGGAGAGGCACUCGGGUAGGGUCGCGCUGGAGGAGAACAAGAAGCUUCUGGGGGAGAAGUACGCCAGGGCGAAGGCCAUGGGUGAGCGGGUCAACCAGGCCCGGAGCACUAUCCAGUACCUGAAAAACACUAUCGAACAGGUCCGACGAGAGCGAGCCUUGGACGGCCUUAUGGAAGAGGGGAGUGUGGGUGGUAGUAAAGGGGACGACGAAGAUAGAAAUAGCCGGCCGCAGGUAGGCUUGGGCGAGGAGGAAGAUGAGGAAGAAACCAAGUGCAAAGCGGCUAUAGAGGUCGAGAAAAGGGUCUACAAGGGAAGCUUCCAGGAACUGAGGGAGCUCAAAUCCGAGAUAGAGCAUAUUCAACGCCUGCUAGAAAAGGGCCGAUCAAAAAUGCAAGCAGAUUUCCAGGCGUGGUACGAGCCUUUAGCUUGCUCUGUCGAGGAAGAAGACGGGGCGGUGGCCUCCGAAGGUAAUUGCGCCCUCGGAGAAGGAGGGACGAAGCCAAAAGCCCAAAGUUUCGGGGGCGGCGAUGACAAACCCCGGGGGGCACAUCACCACGCCCCUCAAGGCCACCGACAAGCCGUCGUCGGGAAGACAACGCGAGAGAGGCAAAGCGAGGAGCCAGCGGCCUUUGACGGUAGCGGGAAGGAUGGGGCCAACACCCCCACGAGAAGGCCGCGGCCUCCGGUGGACGCCUGGGGAACUCCCCCGGACUCUACCAGCCGUCGGAGGGGGCCUCUGUCUUCCGUGGCAACCGGGAGCGUUUCGGGCGGAGAUGGUGGCGGUAGCAAGACCGAGUCCGCCCCGACAAGCGGUGGUGGGAGAGGAGCAUGGCAUGGUGGCGCGGGAGGAGGAGGUCUGCUCCCACCACUUACUGGGAAUAAAGAGGCCGACGAUGACAUCGCUGCUUUCUAUCGCGCCAAAGAGGAGUUGGAGCGCAGAAAGAGCGCUGCCGGUAGAAAUAGCGGGGGGAGAUGA